AUGCUUACAAUAGCGCAUGGCACCCAGAGAGUACAAGAUAAUACAGCUGAAUUCAGUGUUUAUCGUGCUCGUCGUUCUCGGGGUAAUCAAGAUUCUAUGACAAAAGUUAAACAAAGUCAAUCGGUUCUUCGUCAACAAUCAAUAAAUACAAUAAAUGUACCUGAUGAUGAUGAAAAUGAACUCGGUUUUGAUCCACAUCAACAUAUGCAACACAAUGAUGAUAAACACGAUUUGAUGGAAGAACAGGUGAAUCAAAAUAGAGUUCGAACAGAUUUAUAUUUUAAUGAUAAUCGAAACAACAUGCGUUCUUACAACUUGUUCGAUGAAGAAAAUGAUCAAGAUUUGGAUGAAGAAGAUUUGGCGAAUGCAACAAACAAUUUAUCAGGUGAUGUUCAGACACAAUUAAACAGGAUAGAUAAACAGCUCAGAAGUUUAUCCAAAAGUGUACAAGAUAAUACAAUUAAUCCUGCUAUAGCCAGUUAUCAAAAUCUCUCGCAUAAUUAUUCGACAGUUGUGCCUUUUAAUGGAAUCAAUUUAUUAAAUGUUGCCAAGGCAGCUGAUUAUAAAAAAUAUGCAAGAACAAUAUUACAAAUACUAUUUACAGUUGAUGAACUCAGCGAUUCAGUCUUGAUUGCUAAUCCAAUUUAUACUAAACCUGGAUUAGAUCCAACAAAAAUGGCUAAAUGGACAGAAGCGGUUUCUUCCCGAUUCAAAAUUGAUCCUAUGCGAUUUGAUGAUUUUUUCCGGACGUGCCUCAGACGAACUUUGGCACAAAUGUUAUGUGAUACUCGUCGUAAACGCAAACGGUUAAUGAAAAAUAUUGGUGCUCAACGUCACUCUGCUCCAACAUCGGCUCAAUCAGAUCGUGGUAUGGUAGGGUCGCAGUCUGUGGCAUCAGCUAGUCCAGUCAUGGAAGCUGGACAACAAGUGCAGAAUCGAAAUGUUCUUCAUUGA